UGGUACGGUCCUGUCGCUCUGCUGGCAGGAGAGGGAGGGUCAACAUGGCGUCUGAACAGGAGAGCUCCAAUGGGCCGGUGAAGAAGUCCAUGCGAGAGAAGGCGAUAGAAAGACGUAAUAUCAACAAGGAACAUAACAGUAACUUCAGAGCAGGUUAUAUACCCAUAGAAGAAGAACGUCUCCAUAAGACAGGGCUCAGAGGACGCAAGGGGAACAUGGCCGUCUUCAUCGUCGUCCUCCUCUUCCUCCUGGCCUUAAUUAAUCUAAUUAUAACGUUGGUGAUAUGGACAGUGAUACGGAUCGGUCCAAAUGGCUGUGACAGUAUGGAGUUCUUUGACAACGGCCUGCUGCGAUUCAAACAGAAAGCAGACAUGGGCAUCGUUCACCCGCUGCACAAGAGCACAGUGGGAGGCCGUAAGGACCAGGACCUGGUCAUUGUGGGCAACAACAAUCCAGUCGUGUUCCAACAGGGAACCACUAAGCUGAGUGUAGAGAAGGACAAGACCUCUGUGGUCAGCGAUGUGGGCAUUUCCUUCACAGACCCCCGCUCACAGACCACCUUCUUCAGCACAGACUUUGAAAACCACGAGUUCAACCUGCCCAAAGGAGUCAAAGUUCUCAGCGUAAAGAAGGCGUCCACAGAGAGGAUCACGAGCAGUGCAGCGUCUGACCUGAACAUUAAAGGAGACGGGAAGGCCAUCAUUCGUGGAAAUGAGGGCGUCAACAUCAUGGGCCGGACUGUGGAGUUCAAAAUGGGAGGAGGCAUCGAGCUCAGGGCUGAAAACAGCAUCGUCCUUAACGGAUCUGUCAUGUUCAAUGCCACUCGUAUCCCUAACUCUGCAGGAGAUGUGUAUUUCGAUGAAGGUAUGGAGAGGUACAAACUCUGCAUGUGUGCAGAUGGGACUCUGUUCCGUGUGCAGGUGAAAUAUCCCAACAUGGGCUGCCAGACUUCAGAUAACCCGUGUAGAAAAACUGGCUAGGAGAAUUCUGCUGUUACACGUCUUCACCGUCCGUCACCACUGAGGUUAGAUUAAACAUUUGCUCAUAUAGAAUAUUCAUCAUGACUUGCACAUGAUAAUAAUAUUAAUACCUCUGUAGCUCACCUGAUUUUUUUUCUCUAUUUACUGUUUGAAAAACUGGAUUUUUGUUACAGCUUAUCAUCACUUGGCCAAAGACAUUAGAUAGUUGUAAGUGCUGAAAUAUUUGUGUUUUAUUGUUGGCAUCUUUAUCCAAAAUGCCAUAUCACUGUAAAACACUCCUUUAUUUAAGAUGAUACUGUGGGUCAGACCAGAGACAGGAUUUUAUUUCUCUCACUCCUCCUGAUUACCCAUGCACAGGUGCAGACUUCAGUCUAAACAUGUACAUAUUCACUAGAGAAAUAUUAAAACCUGUCUUUUAAAAGAUUAAUUACUAAUUUAAAGGGGACAUUUUUAAACACCUAAAGCAGUGGUUCUCAACUGGUGGGUCGGGACCCAAUAGUGGGCCCAGGAGUUGUUUUCAGUUGGUCUCGAAAUUGUUGUUUGGAAAAAAAAGUGUCACAAAGUCUCAAAAUCACCUUUAAAACAUGUUUGUUCUGUUUCAUCUCUUUGUUCUGUUACAUGUUUUUAUACCGUCUGAGGUCCAAACUGUUCAAUUUUUUCAUAAAACAAAUCUCAUUGGUUAAAGAAAAUCAGAAAUUUGGGUCACAAUUUCUUAUUAAAGGCUUUAUAUGUGAUUUUUCACAAAUCAAGUAUAUCCUCUGAAAAUAACUCUGUGAGUCAUGACUGUCUACAAUGGGUGUAACACCCGAGUCCCACUGUCUGUGAUGUUUUCAGAGUUUUCAGAGUCAUAUCUUCAGUUUGUUUACAUCGCCCGGACGGCCGGCUGACUCCUCCCCUCAUGUAUAAAAGUUGUUUAAUUGAGGGACUAGAGAAAAGAAGAAUAACAUACUGUACUCACUGCUUAACUGUGUUUCUAGAUCACGCUCAUUUCAGGUAAAUUUACAUGCAGUGUGAAGAUACGAGCAUAAUAAAGAUCGCUAGCAUUAGCAUGCUAACACAACAAUGCAGUGCAAGUUGUUUUGGUUUCAUACUGGUGCUCAAGGGCGACGUCUGCUGGAUGAAAAUUCACAUAUAAAGCCUUUGAGGAGUUGGUGGUAGGUCCUGAGACUGGACCAGUUUAGAACCACUGCCCUAAAGUAUCUGAGAUCAAAUGGCAUUUCCAGUCUGAAUAUUCAAUGGCAUGUACACAUGAGAAUAUUUUAGUCAUUCACCAUCACAGAUAUGUUUAUUUGCAGCUAAAAGUGGCUACACACCAGACUAUUUUAGAUCUGAUUCUGACCCAAUGACCUCUUGGGAAAUUCAUCUAGUGUGUAGCUGGCCUAAUGCAGGUAUUUCAUUUUGAAUUAUUUAUCAACAGAUAAAAAUGAUGAGUCCAUAAUAUGGUGCAUCCCUAGUACAAGAUGUUUAAUGAAAGGGAUUGACUGUUUGCCUUACCGUCCAGUAUUAUGAACAUGCACACAUCUUGCAGCAGGUUGUAUGAGAUUUGAUUUCCUGUACAUUGAUCAGGCAGCUGUUUGAUAUUUUCUUUAUUACAAUCACUGAGGUACAUUUGAAGCUAACAUAAAAGUAAAGACGGUCUGGUUCUGCACAUUUUGGAUUGUCUAUCAUGCACGUGCCGAUGGAUUUAAAGGGAUGAUGAAGAAUAUAAUAUAAUAUAAUAUUCUAAUUUUGUUGCCAAACCUUUUUUUUUUUUUUUUUUUAAGCAAAUAUUGUAAAACGAGUGUGUGCACUACAGAUGAAUGCAAAUCUCUGUCAACGUUUGUUUAUGGAUGUCAGGAAUGUUUUCAAAGUAGCUAAGUUUGAAAUGUUUUUGAGUGGUUUGAAUUUUGUGCAAUAUAUUAUAAAAAGAUUUGACUUUGAUUCUGCUCUCGGUUGUCAUGUGUGUUUAUAAAAGUGAUGUUGAGAAAUGUCAUGCAGCAUGUGUUCUCUUUAUUACAGAGGAGUAUCAGGGACAGGCUUCAGAAAAAAAAGAUCAAAGGUUUAGAUUUCUUAAUUUUUUAGAUGUUGAAAUGUUGAGGUCAAAGUUCAAAGCUGAAGUAUAAUUUAAUAAGUGCCAAUUAAAGGAACAAUCAAUCUGAUUUGUUUAAAUCACAGAGGGAUUUCUUUUUCAUUUCAGCCUUUUUCCAAUAAUGCAAAUACAUGCAACAUGUACUUUUCUGAUGUAUUCUUUACUUUUUGUCUUUAAAUCCAUCAUAAUAAUCUCCUUCUCUUCCCUACUCUGAACACCUGUGUAGAGAUUAAAUCAUGUUUAUGAUUAACUCAAUGAAACAAUUUUGCCAACCUGUCAUUGCUGUGUUUGUUUUAAUAAAGAAACAUGUUGCUAUGUGAAACUUCUUAU